GUCUUCAGCUGCAGUACAGGAAAUAAGAUGACGAAUAUCAACAUGCUCACAUGUGGAAUCCUCAUGAGCUAGUUACAGAAGAACCUACAUAAUUAAUUAUGAAAUAAACCUGAACUACGAGCAACUGGAAGUCAGACUUGGACAUAAGCUAGCUUUUUGACACUAACACAGGCUAACUCAGCUCUUAGUUAGCAUCGGCACGUUGUUUACCUUCAGCAAAGAUCGAUUUAAGGUUUCCCCCCAGCAGAUAGAAAUCAUACACUGAGCAUCUGCUUAAGUGAAACAAAACAGCUCUUGUUAUCUGAGUCCGGACAAUGGAUGACUUGGAAGGAGAGCUAGGACCUCUGAGAGACCCAGAGGAUGAAGAUGACUCUGCAAAAGGAUGGAAGAAGCAAAAGCUCCCGGUGGUUAGUCCUGUGUGUGAAGCAACACCAAAGGAAACUGGGUUCCAUCAGAGUACCAGGAUGUGUCUGAAGCAGAUAAGAGAAGCACUGCUGCACCAUAGAUGGCAAGAGGCAGCUGAAUUUAUGGCGUGUUACCCACAGAUGUUAGAAGACCCGUCACAUGGCUCAGCUCAGCAGUAUAAGGAAACUAUUUGGGGAAUCGGUACGGAGAUCCUUCACCAUCAUCCAAAAUCAAAGCUGGAGGACUACAACAACAUCUAUGAACAAAUGAAGCACUCAAGUGUUCGACAUCAUCUGAUGAUCAGUCUGGAACAUUCAUUCCACCUGCUGCUCAAUGGUCACUUCGACGAUGCGAGGCGUCAGCUGUCUGUUGCUGAAAGUUGGAGAUAUGGAAGAGAGACAACCACCCAGAGUCAGAAGACUAAACUGAUCCAAGUCUACAGGAGCCUCUUGGAUUAUAUGAUCUGGUGCGACAAAAAACGUACACAGCACAACAGUGAUUAUAACAACCCUGAAGACAACAAAGACAUGCACAACUACUUCAGACAGGCUUCUGUGAAUCUGAGGGAAAUUUUGAGACAUCCCGGAGUCUGGGAUCCGCUCGUACUGAGUUUUGUUGAGAUGUUGGAGUUCUACGAGGAUCACGAGGAAGCUUUAAAAGUCCUGAAUGACUACGCUAAAGACAGCAGUUUUCCACCCAACCCCAACGCACAAGUCUAUCUGUACCAGUACUUAAAGCGGCAUGAUUGUUCAAUUGAGGAACAGCGGAAAGUUUUAAAGGUGCUCCAUGUAUUAGUCCCGAGCCAUGAGUUGAUGUUGGAGUACAGCUCUCUCCUGCUUCAGUCAGAGAACACUAGGGACAUCCAGAAAGCUUUAGGAGUUGUUCUUGAAAUGCUGGACUUUGCCUGCUGGAGAAGCAGCCUGGAUGUUUGGAAGCGUUUAAAUGCCAUUAUUCAAAAACUACAGUUACAAGAAGACUGGAGGGGGGUUGUCUCGGAAAAAAUGGCUCUAAGAAAAGACUGGUGGCCUGCGUUACACUUCACGAGCUUCCACGCCAGCACAGACUCUGAGAAGAAUCCAGAACUCAUGACAGUGAAGGCAUCGCUGACAAAGAUCUUGUGCCCUGACCUGAACCUGAAGUACACAGCGAGGACCAGGGGAGAGGACACAUAAUAAAACUCAAACUCAAACUCCACAAAUGCAAACUUCACACAACCAGGAACAACUGAAAAAUUCCAGGAAGAGAAUCACGAUGAAGACAUGAUGAUGCUUUUUUUUUCCUUUUACAUAACAUUUAUUUAUUUUGCAGAUACACCUAUUAAGUCUCACACUGACACAGAUUUGUGACCCUCUUUAUAUUCCUCUUUUUCUUGUGAACUACAUCCAAAGCACACAAUUGGCCACUAUGAGGAGCUCUUGUUCUGUAUGAAGCAUUACACAGAGUAGCUGCAGGUUAUGACCAACACAUUGUGACAGUGUUGCUCUAAAUGUCAACUUUCAUGUCAGUUUUAUAGUCUCUGUAAACAUUCUAAUGAGAGCGGUCUCAUUCUGGCCUCAGAUGACCUUUGACCUGGUAUUGGGGGUCUUGAAGGUCUGAUGUAAGUGUACACAACACACAGCCUGGGGGAGUUUCUCCAUUGUCAUGUCAGAGAAAUAAGAACAGACCCAGCAACAGGACCUAUGUUAUAUUUUCUUUACUAUUGACACGUUUUCUUAACCAGUAAUGUGUUUCACUUGAAUGUGCAGGCUUUCUUUUAUAAAGAACACAAUGCACUUGUGGUCUGUUUUCAUUAUCUACUAUUAUUCUGCUUUAUUUUCACUUUAUUGUCUGACUUGUAACCAAGCCUUGUUUAACAGGUUUGUUAAUUUGGUUACAUCAGUUCCUAUUUUUCUCCAAAAAGGUUUCUAAUGGCAUGACAGGAUUCUGGCCCCCACAUGCUCUUCUUACUGUCCUUUGUACCGAACCAUGAAAUAAAGUCUUGUAUCCAGCAGCAUGCCAAUUUAA